AUGACUCUAUAUGGAUCAAUCGAUAAUCCUGUAGAGCAAAGUGAGCAACUUUUGAACCGACUUGGGUACAAGCAGGAACUUCAACGCCGAUGGUCUCUUUUUACAACAUUCGGCCUGGCAUUUGCCAACAUUGGGAUAUUAUCAAACACAUCUGCAACAUUUCAAACCGUUUUACAACGUGGGGGUCCUCGAACAGUAGUAUUGGCAUGGAACCUUGUGUCAUUGUUCAUGAUAUGCAUUGCAUUGUCCCUGGCUGAGAUUUGUUCACUGUACGCCACAAGCGGUGGUGUCUAUUACUGGGUGUUUGAGAUGCUGCGUUCAAAUCCACGCCAUGCAAGAAAAGCACCCUUCAUUGCAUUUGCCACCGGAUGGACGUAUACCCUUGCUUGCAUUAUCAGUCUCGGGGCAAAUAAUGUCAUUAUUGCACUUUCAUUUGGCUCGUUGCUCGAGAUCACGAUAGGCUAUGCGGUGACUAAAUUGCAAAUCAUGUGCAUAGCAAUGGUGAUCACAGGCAUACACGGGAUGUUGAAUGCAUUUCACUUCAAAUCGCUUGGGGCAUUGAAUCAGUGGAACGUGUUCUGGUCAUGCGGUGGUCUUUUGGUGGUCAUCCUUGCUCUCACUUUGGGUGUGGACGAACGACAAUCCUUCGAAUGGGUGUUUACGGACUAUGAAAAUAGAACUGGGUUUGACAAUCCUAUCUAUGUUUUUGUUCUUGGCUUGAUUGGUGCAAGCUACUCCAUGUUCGGUGCCGAAGGAGCCGCUUAUGCAAAUGAGGAAACCAAGGAUGCCGAUUUGUCUGCUCCCAUGGCGAUCGCUAUGUCGAUUGUGAUGAGUUGGGCUAUUGGAUUGGCAUUUUUGAUUGUCUUGCUUAUAUCCAUACAGGAUGUGGAUGCUAUUCUGGAUUCGUCCCUGGAUAUGCCAGUGGCGCAACUGUUUUGGAAUGCCAUCGGAAGAACCGGAACAGUGGGAUUCUUGGUUCUCUUGAUCUUUUGCCAAUUUUGCACUGGUGCAGCCACACUUACCACAACCUCUCGUAUGGUGUAUACCCUUGCACGUGACCAUGCCGCGCCUUCAUUUUUGCAAAAGGUGAAUCAUCAUCAGCUGCCAGCCAACGCCGUUUACUUUGUUGUCUUUAUCGUGUGCUGUUUUGUGAUUACGCCAUUUCCACUAUCCGACUUUGUUUUUGAAAUGCUCAUUAGUGCCACCACCAUCACGACCCAUUUGGCUUAUGCAAUUCUCCUCGGUUGUAGGAUCGCCGUCAAACCUUACUUGAAAGAAAGGGGUCGUUUCUCAUUGGGUAAAUGGUCAGGGCCUGUAACUUGGAUCGCCUUUAUAUGGUCAGUGAUCGCCGUAUGUAUAUUCACGAUGCCUACUGUAUGGCCAAUCGAAGCAAGCACAUUUAAUUAUAGCGCGGUCGCUUUACUUGGCGCUAUCAUGACGACCAUGAUGUUUUGGUGCGGCUGGGGACGUGACAAUUACAUUGGACCACGCGAUCAAAACGAAAAUGAUCAUGAUGUCUUGAUGUAG